GCACUGAAGAGCAAAAAGCCCAAGUUGACGCUGGCGAGUCCAGUAUUAAGAAAGUCUACACUCAAAUACAGCGAGCCGAACGUUUAAAAAAGAAUCAAGCUACAGAAUGGCCAGAAGGUAAAUACAGAAUAAUAUACGCAGACCCACCUUGGAAGUAUGGAGAUGAACGUUCUGGUAUGGGCGGUGCUGUUGAUCAGUAUGAUCUUAUGGAAUUGGGAGAUAUAAAAGCAUUGCCAGUUGCGGACUUAGCAGAAGAUGAUGCAGUAUUAUUUAUGUGGGCUACUGCUCCGUUAAUGAGAGAGGCGUGGGAAGUUCUAGAUGCUUGGGGCUUUAAAUACAAGACUCAAUUGAUAUGGAAUAAGGGCAAGGGACCCGUGGGUAACUACUUUUCCGUAAAACACGAACAUUUAAUACUCGCAACGAAAGGAAGCUGUACUCCUGACGUAACAGACCGCCCUAAUUCAGUACAAACAAUAGAGCGCACUGGGCGUCAUUCAGAAAAGCCAGAAGAGUUUAGAAAUAUUAUUGAUACUUUAUAUACUUACGGCAACAAGAUAGAACUAUUUGCUCGCAAAAAAGUAGAAGGCUGGGAUGCUUAUGGAAAUGAAAUUCUAGAGAGUCAAGAACUAAAGAUUGCGGGGUAG